AUGCGGACAGCCGUCGAUAUUUGGUUACAGGGCUCAUCGAAGGCCUCGUUCUGGACCAGUUUCGUGGCUGAGACUGCUCGCGCCCAGGUGGACAGAAGUAUACAAAUGUUUAUCCAAGGCACUGUUUUGCCCCAGCUGGAGAAGUUAACAUCUCGAAACCGCGGUAUUCACGGAUUUGUUAUGCCCCCCUCUUGGCUAAGCCCAGACAUUCAGCCUCCGUGGAUAGGCAAAAAGCGUUGGGAGACUCUCCCUUUGGAGUCACUCGAAUACGUCUUCCAACAUGGCGAUCUCGCUGCUCACAACCUCAUAAUUAAUCCACAGACUCUCCAAGUUAUGACAGUUAUCGAUUGGGAGUAUGCUGGUUGUUUCCCACCAGGUAUGGAGAAGUGGCUCGGAACACUGGACUUAGAUAUCUACAUCAAGCGUGGUAAUCAGCUAGCCCGUCCGAUAGCAGAGUUCCUUGCUGUAGAAUAUUUGGAAUGCUACAACAAAUGGGGCGACAAGCCAGAGUUGGACAAGUUGAUCGAACGUGGGGAACUUCCAUAUCCUGAUCAACUACGAAGGUCGGCCGGCAGAGAUGAGUAG